UGUGGAAGCCUGUGUAUUUCUAAACUCUGAACUGGUGGUACCUGAGAUGAUCACACCCGUAGACAAUAAUCACACCCGUAGACAAUAAUCACACCCGUAGACAAUAAUCUACUGGGUAUAUCAUCAUCAGCUACAUUUCAUCUGAACCUGUUAAAGCUAAAGGAAGCACCAGGAGCAGGACGAAGGCCGUAGAGGACGAUAGCUAUAUUCAAUGAAAUUCAAAUUUAACUCAACGUUUUCCAGAAGGAGCAUAGCCAUAGUAGAUAAGACCGCAUUAGCAUCAGAAUCAAUAAAUAUGAGAGAGCACAGUACAACCAACGUUGUCACCGCAACAACCACCGUCUUCAGCAUGGCUAACCGAUGCGGUCGCAGCCUUUAUUGCAGAACCAGAUCCCUCUGAUCCUGAGGAACCAGAUGCCUGUACCAUCGCCUAUCUCCUGGAUCUCGACCCACUCGCGCUGCAUUCUUUGCAGUGUAUGCACAUCGCGGCGGCGCUGAAGUCGAGCGGGUUGCUUCCUCCUGAGACGACAAAAUCACAUCGAGGACAAGGAAGAC